UGUAUUUAUAUCAUCGAUGUAAGCAAAGUAACCUGUAUACGAAAACUGGACAGUGUACUUAUCUAAUUUUAAGAAACAAAGCCGGACUAGAGAAAAUACAAAUGUAACGUCAUUUAGUGCCUUUUAACAAUUACCAAUAUGGGAAUUGAGUUGCUAGCAAAGAAUCAAAUGCACAUUGUGCCGUCAAGUCCUGAAGUGGCUUCUGGUAAGUUCUAUGCAUGUAGCGUUGACGUUUGUGAAGUGGGUAUACAGUUUUGUAACGUCCUUGACAACAGAUGUGUGUAUUGUAGUGACCAUCAUCAAGAUUGUUUCACCAAUGUCCAACAACAGAACUGUACACUAUAUUGCCAGGAUCAAUGGCUUAAAAACUUGAAAGUAGAAUGCAGCUCGCAAGGCCAUGCAGAAGAUAAAUUCAAGAUCCCAUUCAUAGUCACAUCCGUGCUGGUGUUCGUAUUGGGGAUAGUAAUAAUAGUGAUGAUAUUGAAAAUGACUGGGAUCUGUAAUCUUCAACAUCGGGUUUUUAUGGCUAUUAGAAAAAUGUUCAAGAAGAAAACCCAAAGCCAACCAGAUGAGCAUGACAUUGAAGAAAAAAUGUUUGGAGAAGAACAGCAAGAAUCAGUUCAUGAUACAGCAACAAAAGAGAGUAGAAAUAAUGAAAAUGUUGAAAAUGAAGAAAUUCAUGGACAACACCAAAAACCAUCAGAGUCUGAAAUUUCUUUUCACAAAAAUACUCUAAUCAACGAUUCUGAAAAAGUUACGAGUUUGCCAGAUGUUGUGAUAGAACAGCAUCAAGAACCAAACAAAUUUCGACCAGAACCAAAGACUGAUCGCCCGUCUGUAAAGAAACAAGAUUCUGUUGAGUAUCCUAUCUCAAAAACGUCACACGUAUCAGACAGUGAAGAUGAGACAGAACUUCUAAAAAAACAUAAUGACGCAGGAAUUGUUUAUCAACGGACAGAAAGUCCAACUGUCCUCAAUUUGCCUCAUGGAGAAUUACCCACAAUGUCAAGUCGUGGCAGUUACCAGGCUUUCCUUCAUUCAAACCAAUCUACAGAUGAUGGUUAUGUAACACACGGAUUUAAACCACAAAACUGAUUUUAAGUAAAUCAUAUAUGUAUUGUAUGACACCCCUAACACACUCGGAGCCCAGAGUGUUGAUAUACAAAUGUACUUUGACUGUGGGAUAAACCCAAUCAUUAUCCGAUUAUAGAUAUUUGACAUUUUGCAAGUCAUGACCUAUAAAUAUCUACUUACGUCAAUAAUUUCCAUAUUAAACUAUUUAUAGAUACUACCCGUAUAUAUAAAUUUUAUAAAGUCAUUCUAUUCUUCUAUAUUUUUUUCUCUGUGUAAUAUUGUGUCAAUGAUCUUAAAACAAUAUGGAUAAAAUGAAAGGUAAAAUUUAUAAAUCUUAUCUACAUGUUCACAAUGUACUGUAAAUAACAUUUUCUUACAGGGUAUAAUUUAUGUACGGUUUAAACCUAAAAUGAAUUUCAUGUAUAGUAAUAUUUAGAAUGAACUUAAACUUAACCAUUAGCUUUGAAUUUUAAUUUGAAUAAAAGCAAUAUCAUAACAGACACUAAAAUUUGUUGUUUAUGAAAGAUAAGUGUUAAUAUAAGAAAUAAAAAUAAAUUAAUACUUUGCUAAUACAGAAAAAUAGAUCAACAUACGGUUAUUCUUAAAAUAGAACAAACUAUUUAUAUACUAUUGAUUUAUAUACCAUUGUACUAUGGACAAAGAAAACUUUAUUUAUUCGUUAAAUGUCUUGAUUAUUAAAUACAUGUAUAAGCGUUAA